UUGUUUUUUUUUUUUCUUCAACGAAGAAACGCAGAGAUGGUCGUUGAAGCGGCUUCUUCUGCAGCACCAAACGCAGUCGCGCUGGACGGGAUGUCGGACGAGGACCUCUUCCUGACGUACAAGCGCUUGCAGCGCCAGCUCGAGUUCCUGCAAAUCCAGGAGGACUACAUCAAGGACGAGCAGAAAAACCUCAAGCGCGAGUACCUGCGCGCCCAGGAGGAGGUCAAGCGCAUCCAGUCUGUGCCGCUCGUCAUUGGACAGUUCCUCGAGGCGAUUGAUCACAACACGGGCAUUGUGGGCGCCACCACUGGCUCCAACUACUAUGUCCGCAUUCUAUCAACGCUCGAUCGCGAGCUGCUGAAGGCCAGCGCGUCGGUGGCGCUGCACAAGCACUCGAAUGCCCUUGUCGCAAUUCUGCCCCCGGAAGCCGACUCGAGCAUCCAGAUGCUCGGAGCGGACGAGAAGCCCGAUGUCUCCUACGGUGACAUUGGUGGCCUGGACAUCCAGAAGCAGGAGAUGCGUGAGGCCGUCGAGCUUCCGCUGACCCACCACGAGCUCUACAAGCAGAUCGGUAUCGACCCUCCGCGCGGUGUCCUCAUGUGGGGACCGCCCGGCACUGGCAAGACCAUGCUUGCCAAGGCCGUCGCACAUCACACCACGGCAUCCUUCAUUCGCGUCGUCGGCUCAGAGUUUGUGCAAAAGUACCUCGGCGAGGGCCCGCGCAUGGUGCGCGACGUCUUCCGACUGGCCAAGGAGAACUCGCCCGCCAUCAUUUUUAUUGAUGAAGUCGACGCCAUUGCCACCAAGCGCUUUGAUGCCCAGACCGGUGCCGAUCGCGAAGUGCAGCGUAUUCUGCUCGAGUUGCUCAAUCAGAUGGAUGGUUUUGAUCAGAACGUGAAUGUCAAGGUCAUUAUGGCAACCAAUCGCGCCGACACGCUCGAUCCUGCCCUCCUCCGUCCAGGCCGUCUUGAUCGAAAGAUUGAGUUCCCGCUGCCCGACCGUCGCCAGAAGCGUCUCAUUUUCACGACAAUCACCAGCAAGAUGAACCUGUCGGAUGAAGUUGAUCUUGAAGAUUUCAUCUCUCGUCCGGACAAGAUUAGUGGCGCCGAAAUCUCGGCCAUCUGCCAGGAAGCUGGCAUGCAGGCCGUUCGGAAAAAUCGUUAUGUUGUGUUGGCCAAGGACUUUGAGAAGGGCUACAAGAACAACGUUCGCAAGACCGAGACUGACCACGAGUUCUACAAGUAGACGAGUUGACUACAAGUCUUUUGAUGUCGAAAUGAGUUUGCGUGUUCCAUCUGUGCACAGAAGCUUCCAAAUCCAAACCAAAUUUUCUAUUGUACUGUACUUGAACUGCCGU